AUGAUAAGGCGUUCCGUCCUGCUGAAACGUAAUGACACUACAAGUAUUAUCUGUACUACUUUCAUCGAUGACGACGAGAAGGAAGCGUUCUAUGCGCAGCUGGAAGCGACAUACGACAGCUGUUCACCACGGGACAUCAAGAUCGUCAUCGGGGAUAUGAACGCCCAGGUUGGUAGGGAAGCAAUGUACAGACCGGUGAUAGGCCCAUGCAGUCUACACGCCGACACGAACGACAACGGCCAGCGGUGCAUCAUCUUCGCAGCUUCCCGAGGCCUGGUGAUCAGAAGCACUUUCUUCCUCCGCAAGGAUAUUCAUAAGGCCACUUGGAGAUCACCUGACCAACAUACAACAAACCCAAUUGACCAAGUCCUCAUCGAAGGCCGAUUUUUCUCAAACAUCACUAACAUGCGCUCACUGCGCGGUGCGGAUAUUGACUCGGAUCACUACCUAGUAGGAGUACAUGUGCGCUCAAAACUAUCUAGAGCUUCCAACUCACGGCAAAACCGCCCUCCUCGGUUUAACAAUCGGCAGUUAAAAGACCCGCAAGCUGCCGAGAAUUGCGCGUGCCUGUUGGAUGAGGUACUACCCUCCUCUGGAGAGCUAAAUGCUUCGAAUCUCGAAGACGGCUGGAGUAAGAUUAGUUUGCCAUCGAAGAGACCGCAACCGCUGUACUAG